CCACCUACCCCAUGCAGUGCUCUGCCCUGCGUAAGAACGGCUUCGUGGUGCUGAAGGGUCGCCCCUGCAAAAUUGUGGAGAUGUCCACCUCCAAGACCGGCAAGCACGGCCACGCCAAGGUCAACCUGGUUGGUAUCGACAUCUUCACCAACAAGAAGCAUGAAGAUAUGUGCCCCUCCACCCACAACAUGGACGUCCCCUCUAUCAAGAGACAAGACUACCAGCUGGUUAACAUCAACGAAAGCUACAUGUCCUUGAUGAGCGACAACGGUGACAUCAGAGAGGACCUGCGUGUCCCUGAGAACGAAGUCGGCAAGGAAAUCGAGGCAAAGUUUGAAGCGGGUGAUGAUUUCAUGGUCACCGUGAUUUCUGCCAUGGGGGAGGAAUGUGCUGUCGCUACCAAGGUUUUGGCCAACAAAUAGGAGACGGACUUUGCUGCCCAGGCAACAAGCACCACCCACAACCAGUCUCUUGCAUUCUCAUUGGUUCUGUCACCAAAGCGUCGGCCUUCACAGACAACCUCAAUCAUUCUGUUGUGAUUUCUCUCAUCAUUGAUCUUUUGUUUUUUUUUUUUUUGUUUUUUUUUUCCCCCCCCUUUCAAUUU